CUGAGAUCACGACUAAUCAAGACCAGCAGGAUCCAAUAUGGAUAAUAGAAGGGUGUUUAAAUCAUCGUAUAGAGAAAAGGCGCGUGAGAACUCGACUCCGUACUCCAGAAAGAAUGGGGGAGGGUUAUUUUCCAAGGUUAAGCUGUUCUUUGCUCCCAGCAUGUGGAAUAAUACUGAAAACAGCACUGAAGCAUCUAAUACAGUUUCUCCAGCGCAGUCACUUAAGCCAUUUACCUUUCCAGAGCCGGACACAUCGUUGUUUCAGACACCAUCGAAAGUUGAAGGGAAUAAUCAAUUGAAACUUCAACCAGCUCUCGAGACACCCAAUAAGGUUUUAUCUAGUUUUUUCCAAGAGAAAGGUGAUAAACCAUUAACUGAAGUUGAAUAUGAAGGAGUGGUAUCGUUGCUAUCUAAAGUUCGUUCUGAAAAUAAUACUCCUAAUACUAGUGUGAUAUAUCGUAGUAAGGAUAAACCAUUUGAACCAGCAUCUGAAUCAACUAAUCAUAAUCAAACAAAUGAAUCAGUUCUCAAAAGUGAACCGCAUAAUUUCGCCAUCACUCCAUAUAAUCAAACAACUCUUAAAAGUACUGAUGGUCACGACGUAUCGGGGAUUCUCUCUACUCCUGAGUAUAAACCAGUUUAUCAUUCAGUUAAUGAUAGUCUUACCAUCAAGGAUGUUCCUUCAGUGAAAAGAGUGUACCAGUUUUCCGGGUUACCAUCCCCAUAUAGAACUAGAAUCAAGGCGCCAUCAUUUUCCAAGCCUAAAAGACCACUUAGAAUCCUGCCAAAUAGUACCACCAAUUCGUCAUUCCUUAAUCCUAAUAAUAAUAGCAAAAACUUAAGUAAUACUGCCAAUACUUUAUUGAAUAUAUUAGAUGGUAACGUCAGUGAAGUGAGUGAGAAUAGUGAAGUGGACAAUUCAAUGAAGAAGUUUUCAAAUCCUUAUUCUGGUCAUCUGUCUAUAAGAAAACGUAAAAAUCAAGAAGAUCGUUCAGAAUUUUCUCAAAAUAUUAGUUCUACUCCUACUAAAAAGAGAGCUAAUGGUGACACUACUAAAAUCAAUGACUCUAUCAACGAUACUAAUACUAAUGUGAUGACAGCUGAUGACAUUAGUAAAACCGUUUCUUUUAAUAAAGCUGAGGAAUUGCCCACUAAAAAUGAUGCAAAAGACGAAAAACCAGACUCCAAAUCAUCUGAAUUCAAUUUAUUUGCAUCAAAACCUACCACUAAAGAUAAAAACCCAACAGCAUCUGCAUCUAACGAACCCAAAUUCAAAUUCGCCCCUCCAUCAAAUGGGAAAACCACCGAAAGUAACCCUAAACCACAACCCGUCUUCAAUUUCGGUAAUUUCACCAAACCUACGGAAACCAACAAGUCUACAGAAACCAACAAGUCUGCGGAAACCAACAAGUCUACAGAAACCAACAAGUCUACAGAAAGCAACAAACCUACAGAAACCAACGAACCUACAGAGGCCAACGAACCUACAGAAAUCAGCAAGCCCAAUGGAAUUGUGCACUCUAAUGGCAAUGAAACCGAAUCUAAAUUCAAAAUUAAUGAUAACGAAUCUACAACACCAUUUGGUAAAGUAUCCACCAAUGGUUCUGCAAAUGGCCCAAGCAAGCCUGUAUUAAAUGGAACCAGUGCUGAACAUUUUGAAUUUCCUGAAAUUGAAACAGUCCCCGUUAGCUUGGAUAUCGAACAAGUGGAAAAGUACAAAAAUUCAUUUGAAUUUUAACCUCUUCCAUAUAUAUAUAUAUAUAUAUAUAAUGUAAUAUUAGUCUCA